AUGCCAGCCUUCAAAGAGAUGCUGGUUUUCCCAGUGCUUCUAGCUUUCGUUGGAUUGAUCAAUUGCCAGGAGUUACCAAGUUAUGACAUGCUAGAGGAGUUCCGUGUAUCUAAGUCCAGAGGGGUGAGGAAAGUGGUUGGAUCUGAACCUGAUUCAGUGGCCUACCGUGUGAACCCUGCCAUCCACCUACGCAAAACCAUGAGCGAUGUGUACCCCGAUGGCCUGCCCUCCGACUACUCCGUCAUUGCCACAUUUAAGGUGACGAAGGACACCGCCAAGAGGUCCUGGAACUUGUGGCAGGUCAGCGACCCCGAUGGACGUGAACAGGUGGGCCUCCGUUUUCAGGGUGACACACACUCUCUGGACUUCUUCUACACCAGUCCCCAUGGCACCCAGAUGCUACGCACCUUCCACCGGGUGGACAAGCUGUUUGAUGGAGAGUGGCACAAGCUGGCGCUGCAGGUCAAGGCCGAUAAGGUCAAGUUGCUGGUGGACUGCGAGGAGGUGAGCGUGGAGCCCAUCGGUGAUCCUAGACCCGUCAUCCGCCAGGGUUACACCUCCAUCGUGAAGAGGGCUGUGGGAGAUCGCUCCGCCUCAGUAGACCUCCAGCAGAUGGAUGUGUCCUGUGAUCCAGAGAAGGCCUACUCAGAAGGCUGCUGUGAGCUCUCCAGUGUGUGUGGCGGGCAUGCUGAGAUUGGCCUGACAGCAGGAAGGGCCACCUGUAAGUGUAUGCACGGACAGCCUGGCAACCAGGGACCCCCAGGACCGAAGGGUCACAGAGGUCUCCCAGGCAACACAGGAGAGCCAGGAAGACUAGGCAACUGGGGAGGUAUGGGACAGACAGGUGACUAUGGCCACAUUGGAGAGCCAGGCCCUAAGGGCAUCGCAGGAAUCAGCGGGAACAAAGGGAUGAGAGGACUUCACGGCCUUGAUGGCGACAGAGGUCCCAAAGGUCUGAAGGGAUUACAUGGCGCCGGGGGCUUCAAGGGAACUCAGGGGUCACCUGGAGAGCUGGGUGAGACCGGAGUACAAGGAGAAACGGGUGAUCCAGGUCCACUUGGAUAUGAAGGAAUUCCAGGAUAUACAGGAGUGAAGGGAGAAGAAGGGGCCUCCGGUGUUGAAGGACCUCCUGGGCCACAGGGAAAGCAGGGUGUUGUAGGUGACCCUGGAGAGUCAGGAGUUGCUGGGGAAAAGGGAAAACCUGGAACCCAAGGAUCAAAAGGAAGAUAUGGCACCAUUGGACAAAAGGGCAUUAUAGGAGAUCCUGGUUUGCCCGGGAGAGAUGGGGACAUGGGAAUAGAGGCUUACCAAGGACCCCAGGGCCCGGAGGGCAGAAACGGACAAUUCGGAAUAAUGGGAGAGAAAGGAAUGCUGGGGCCGGCAGGGGAGAUGGGGCCUCAAGGCCAAACGGGCCCCAGAGGUUAUAAAGGAUCAGCAGCAAAGCCAGGAAGACCCGGAUUUAUUGGACCCCCAGGACCUGUCGGGCAUGUGGGAGUAGCUGGUCGGCCAGGCCCCAAGGGAGAUAUAGGCAUUGAAGGGAUCCAAGGUGUCAAUGGUGAAACGGGAGAAAAAGGAGAAAAGGGCCCCAAAGGCGAGGUUGGAGACGCGGGUGCACAGGGUCCCCACGGUGGUCGGGGGAAGCGUGGGCCAGGGGGCGAGCCUGGACGCACAGGCCCAGUCGGAACAAAGGGGGUCCGUGGCGAUGGAGGACCAGUCGGAUUUCAGGGGCCGCCAGGGCCACCGGGCCCAACCCUCUCCGCACAACACGUGAUUGAGGUCUGCAAGAGAGUGGUGCUGGAACAGAUGUCCACCUUUGCCAACUCGGUGAAGAGGACGUGUGCCGCCGUGUGCCCACUCUAUGGAGACGUCCCCUUGGGUGCUCCCGGUCCCUCUGGACAAAAGGGACCCCCGGGACCUCCAGGUGGGGAUGGUAUUGCCGGUGUGAAUGGAGAGAUCGGACAACCAGGAUUCUAUGGGGAGGUAGGAGACGCAGGCCAACAAGGACAGCCAGGGGAUCAAGGAGAUCAAGGAGAUAAGGGAGCAGAGGGCCAUGGCCUACCUGGCUACAUCGGAGACCAGGGACCAAAGGGCCAACGUGGAAGACCUGGCAGAGCCUUCAAUGGCACACCAGGACAAGAGGGCGAGAGAGGCCAUGUAGGCCGGCCUGGACUGAGAGGUCACCCAGGACUACGAGGAGUCCCAGGCGUGUGUCAGACCACUGGGUGCGCUCUGCUAAACAACAACACAACCAACGGAUCACCGCAGAAUGCACCCCAGAGGUUGAGAAGACACCCAUAGAGGCAAAGAGGACACUUUUGACCAAGCUGCA